GUGCACAGUCGCUCCAUCCACGAAGAGUUGAACACAACUGUCAACCACCCGCGGCUUCCUGUCGAUAGAAAUGGAUUGGUUCCUCUUUUUUCUUCUCCUGCAAAUGGGAAGAAUAGGAGCGUCUCAACAGGAGGAAGUUUGCUCAAAGUCUGUGGUUAACUCAUGUGACGACUGCAUCAAAUCCGGACCCUUCUGUGUGUGGUGCAAACAGCUGGACUUCACCAAACCAGGCGAGCAGGAAGCAGUACGAUGUGACACCAAAGCUCAGCUGACAGGGAGAGGCUGCACCGAGGGAGAAAUCAUUUCCCCACAGAACGACCAAACAAUUGACAAGGGAGAGUCUCUGUCCGAGUCAUUCAACAACCAGGAGCCUAUCCAGCUGAGUCCACAGAAGAUUAGUCUGAGACUACGAUCUGGUUCUCCUAACACAUUCAAGGUAUCUUUUAAAAGAGUUGAAGGUUAUCCAGUGGAUCUCUACUAUCUGAUGGACCUGUCUUACUCCAUGAAAGAUGACUUGGAAAAUGUCAAAGAACUCGGAAAAGAUCUUUUUGCAGCCCUGAAAAAAAUCACUGAACAUGCUCAAAUAGGGUUUGGUGCCUUUGUUGAUAAGACCGUCCUUCCUUACACCAACACCAACAAGGAGAAACUGCUGAAGCCGUGUGAUGAGAACGACCAGCAGUGCCAAGCUGCUUUUGGCUACAGACAUGUCCUCAGUAUGACACCGAAGGAAGAUGACUUCAAAAACAAAGUGACAGAGCAGUUCAUUUCUGGGAACUUGGACUCUCCAGAAGGCAGUCUAGAUGCCAUGAUGCAGGCUGCCAUAUGUGGGGACAAAAUAGGUUGGAGGAACAGCAGCACUCGGCUUAUUGUGCUGACAACUGAUGCUGGAUUCCACAUGGCUGGAGAUGGGAAAUUAGCUGGAAUACUGGAACCUAAUGAUGAACACUGCCACAUGGACAACAACCUCUACACCAACAGCGCUGAGAUGGACUACCCAUCUGUUGGACAACUAGCCGUGCAGUUGGAGAAAAACAAUAUUCAGCCAAUAUUUGCAGUGACCAAAAAUGUGGAAGAUGUGUACAAGGAACUUUCUCAAAUGAUCCCAAAAUCCGAGGUGGGAGUUCUGUCAACGGAUUCUAAAAAUGUGGUUAAGUUGAUUGAGAGCGCCUACAAUAGGUUGUCCUCCAAAGUGACUCUGACCCAUGAUAAUCUGCCUGAUAAUGUACAAGUUAUCUACACACCCAAGUGCAAACAUCCAGGACCAUCAGGGGAGACUGAAGGGGUUUGUGAAAAUGUACAAGUGGGACAGGAGAUUUCUUUUGAUGUCACAGUGACAGCAUACUCAUGCAUGAAGGACAAGUCUUUUACUAUUCGACCACAGGGCAUUAAAGACACAUUGACUGUGACCAUAUCUACAAAUUGUGAGUGUCAAUGUAGUGACCCAGGACCCAGUGGUCAUACACACUGCAGGGGCAAGGGAAACGUCAGCUGUGGUAUAUGCAGCUGCCGUGAAGGCUCCAUCGGUCAGUUCUGUGAGUGCGACGUUGGUGGCAAAGACGAACCUGCCCUGCGAGCGUCCUGCCAGAGGCACAAUGGCACUGAGUGCGAGGGGAGAGGAGACUGUGUCUGUGGCAGGUGCGAGUGUCACACCACAGAGGGUGGAAACAGUUACUAUGGUGACUUCUGCGAGUGCGAUGAUGAACACUGCGAGAAGUUCCAGAAUAAACUAUGUGGAGGGAAUGGUAAUUGCAAAUGUGGCAAAUGCGAAUGCUUUAAAAGCCACGAGGGCUCAGCCUGUCAGUGUGGGGUGUCUGAGGAGGGCUGUCGUACCCCCAACAACACGGUGUGCUACGGGAGAGGGACCUGCAAGUGUAAUCGCUGUGAGUGUAAGGAAGGAUACCAGCAGCCCCGAUGCCAGACAUGCCUCGGCUGCACUGACCCCUGCCAGACCAAACUGAACUGCAUUGAAUGUCUCGGCUUUGAAUCAGGUCCCUUUAAAAAAAACUGCAGUGAGGCUUGCGUGAGCAUUCAUCAUGUUAUGGUGGAUCAGUCCACCAUACAAAGCAAGAAGUGCCAUCAAAAAGACUCAGAGGGCUGCUGGAUCAAUUUUAAUCUGGACCAGUUGGUCGGAGAGGAUAACUACAAGGCUGAGAUUCUGAAACAGAGAGACUGUCCAGCACCACCAAGCAUCGCAGCGAUCAUCAGUGGCUCCAUUGCUUCUGUGGCUCUCAUUGGCAUCCUUCUGCUAAUGCUGAUAAAGCUAGUUAUCUACACGAAGGACCUGAAGGAGUUCAAGAAAUUUGAAAUUGAAAAGAAGAAUUCCAAGUGGACAGACGGUGUCAGCCCAAUGUUCCUUUCUGCCACUACCACUAUAGAGAACCCAACCUUCACUGGAGAAUGAGGAUUAUUGCUGAACUGCUGUCAUUUACUCUGACUGAUUGAAAUUGCAUUGCUUUUGUUGACUUACUAUUCUAAAUAAAUGCUUAUUGCUUAUUAUAUUUACAUGGGGAAAACUGCAAUGCUCAUAAUAUAAAUGGUAGGAGAGUAGGACAGAGAAUAUUAAGAGUGGUUUGUACACGUCUACUGCAGAGAUGUACCGCAUCCAGGUAACCACAAGGCACCCUGAGUCAGCUAUUACACACAUAUACUGGAUCCAUCAUUUGAAGGCAGUAGCUCAGUCCACAGGGACUUAGUUUGCUAAAUUGGCAGAGUGGUACCAGUCUCCCUCCUGAGCUCUGCCAUGGUACUCUUGAUCAAGGCACCAGGACCUGCUGCCUAUGCUCGGGCGGCUUGAAUUUUACUGCAUGCUGUGCUGUUAAAAAUACGUGUGGCAAUAAAAUUUGAUAUACAUCUACA